UCCGUGGUUAAUGUAGUUCUGUCACCGGUUAAUACGGUUGACGACACUAAGAAAGCUUAUGCACUUAAUUUAUAACAUUUGUAUUUAUUUUUGAAACUGAAAAUGUUUAAAAGAAGAUUGAAAGCUCUCGGUUACGUGGAAUGGGACAAGGUUAAUGUGAAUGAUUCUCAACACUUUCGUAAAGUAGUAAUCUGGUUGGAAGAUCAAAAAAUACGUCAGUACUCCAUAGAGGAUCGAAAAGAAUUACGAAAUUUGAAAAAUGAAAGCUGGCCUAAAGUUUUUGCUAAAUACUGCGAAGAUGUUAAAUGUCCAGUUUUGAAUAAACCAUUAGAUCAGCUGGAGUGGCUGCUUGGACAUGCCAUCUGGUUAGAAGCAGAACAUAAUACUGAAGAGUAUUCGCAAAAUGUGAAAGAAAUGAAACUUAAAAUGAAACAGGAAGCAAAGGUGCCUCAGCUUAGAUCAAAGAAUCCACUUGACAAUCUAGACUUUUACAGCACUGAAUUUAAAACUGGAACAUAUUCACUGGCAAAGUUACUUCGAAUUCCACACCAUCCAAAUCAUUUGAUUACGUUAAAAGCCUGUAGUAAACUAGUGCAAAGGAGAUUAAAUUCUGAGUGUUUACGGAAUCCAAAUUCCAAAAUUAUUCGUGGUAAACCAUUUCCUAUAAUGGACAUUGCUGCUGGUUUCCAACUGAACAAACCCGCGUUAGAGAAUGCGGCUAAAAUUCUUGCCCUUCUUUACAUUCAAGACAUUAGAAAUCUUCAAACAAAGAUUAAUGAGGCAAUCGUCCGUGUACAAAGUAUCACAGCUAAUCCUAAAACAGAUACCAAGUUAGGAAAAGUUGGAAAAUAAGUAUACGAUUGCUAUAUACUGUGUUCUCAGAAUUGAUUUUUUAUAAAUAUAUAGGAUAUUAAAGUCUCAGAAAUACGAAGUAUAGUGAAGUAAUACAUGAUUUUCUGAGUCUCGGAUUCAUGCAUCUUAUCAAGAUGUUCUAUAAAUUGUAAUAAUUUAUUAAUUCAUUUAUUCGUUAAUGAAAAUUUGUAAAUAAUUUAGAAAUAUAUAUAUUAUUUAAGCAAUUCUUGAAUAUUUUAAUAUUCAAUUGAAGCAAUUAUUCAAAGAAUAUCGGAAAACCGAAAAAAUGUAGUUGUGUAUUUUUCAAUGUUUAGUAUUUACAAUAAAGUGUAACAAAGAUAAAACUUUUAGGAUUUUUUUAUGUUUAGCCAACCUGUUAAUUAAGUUCACAUUUAUUCUGAUUAGAUAAAAAGUAAUGCUUUA